CGCCAAGUCCGGCAAACGUCGCCUGCGCUUCUCUUUCCCGACCUCCACCAUUUCUCUUCUCGGCUUCCGGCUCCGGUAGACUGCAGCUGUCCCCGGGUUUCUUGCCGCCGCCUCCUGUCGUCACCCGUUCUUUAUCAGCUGCUGCAGCUGUCUCCGAGUCUCGGGAGUUGCCUGCAACUUCUCUCCUCCGAUCUCACUUCAAUCAGCGGUGACUCCGACCUUUCUCUACCGCUACUACUCAACGGACCAACCCUUAGAGAGGUUGGUCGUUUCUCUCCCUCCUAAAUCUCUACGAAUCGCAGGCAAUGUUUAAGAGUGCCUGGGUAAUUUCGAUUUCUGACAAUUUAGUUGAUUUGUUAGCUGAGUUCGUAGAUGGUUUAUUCAGUUGUUGAAAUGAGUCGGGAAUUCGUGAAGCAUGCACAUAAUUCAUAUAGGAAGACUAGUUCGAUUAAGCUUGGUUUUGCUUCGUUUGUGAAAGAUAAGUUUGUAAGGGUGAUGCAUUUGAUCACUGGGCUGAGAUUUUGAGUUUAGGAUCACUACAUACUUUGAUGUAGAAUCGAAGGUUGCGUCAUUCCUUAGAUUUAAUUCAGUUUGCUUAUUGAUUGAGAGUGAUCUUGUUAAUUGUGUUUUUACCUUGGGCAUUCGGUUGACUAUAAAGCUUUUACGGUGUCCAUUCUUCUCUGGUGCAUCUGUGUAGUGUAAGGUUAAGGUGUUCUUAGGAUCAUGUUCUGAACAGGUUUCAUGGUGAUGUUCCGUUCAGUGAACUCUCUCAUUUGUUUCAAAAUGCUGAAAGAAUUACAUUCUGUUGUUAGUGUUAGAGUGUGAUAUAAGAUCCAGCAGAACCUUCUCCCAACAACUCGAGUUAUUGGGAUCAACUGGUUCUUAAUAUGGUAUCAGAGCCUCGAACCAAAAGGUCAUGUGUUCAACUGGUUCUUGACAGCUAGCAGGGAAGUUUAGAGUUUAAACGAAAUGAAAAUAAAUCGUCCUGCCAUUGAUAACUGGAUUUGUUGGCUGUAUGAAAUGCAGGCAGGCUGGUCUAACUGACCAUGAUGUAUCAGAAUCUGUAGCAAGAAAUGAAUGAAUCAUCUAUAACUACUCCGAGGUUUACUUACAUAAAUGAUCAAAAGGGGCCUUCCGCAGCAAUUGAUGUGCAUCAUGUCAUAGUUCGUCAAAGCAAUCUGAAGGGUUUACUAGUUUGCCUUCUUGCUUUAUGUUUCCCAGCCAAUGGAUUAUACCUCUUCCUGGUUCUGGACAAAUCACCUUUCAUUCUUUUGUGGAGUUUACUGUUGAGUUCAAUCGUUCUCAAACUUGGUAUUGGAAAUUCUGUUGUGAAAGAGUCGGUUGUGAUCAUGCCACGUUUUGGGGUUCAACUUGAAACACAUUAUAGAAGUGGAAGAAUAUCGCGCCAUUUCGUGCCAGUGAGCAAGAUUGUGAAGCCAGUGUUGCUGGAGCAUGUGAGUCCGGUCACUUGCUACUGGAUUUUGUCUAUGAUUUUGCAGAAGGAAGAAGAACUGACUCCGGUUUUCAAGGAGUUGCACCCGCCUUUGAAGAUGCUGGUUCCUAUAUGGAAGGCAUUGUGUGGUGCUGUCUCUGGAGAUAAGGACUCUUCCCUACAUUUAUCUGUAGAAGAUUAUGGACAGAGUGUUUUUAGUUAAGUUUGACAAAUUGGAUAAUCAGAUCGAGGAAAGAAGAAGAGCUUAAAAGUUCACUUGACCCUGGGUUUAUAGGUCUUUCCUUCUUAUACUAGUCUGCCCCUGAUUCGAAUAUGUUCGAAGUCACAAAAAUGGCCUCAAUCUCAAUUGGUAUCCAAUGGCUACAGGUUGUAGUAUGAACACUGCCUUGUCAAAAUGACUAGUUAGUGGGUGCAUUGUCUUGUGCAAGUCUGCAACAUGCGUGGUUGACUUAUUGCUCACAGUUUUAUACUCUUGUUUGCUUGGUCAGUCCACUCAAGUCCAACCAAAGAACAACGAUUUGACAAUGGCCCUUUCUUGUUCCGCUGAGCACACUAAUCUUGACUUCGAAGCACAGCAAUCCACAUUACAUGGUGAAGAAGCUUCUACAACCCUGGCACUAUCCUGAGAAUUGCUUGCCAGGACAUGCACCUCUUAUUUAGCAUGCGCACUCGAAGGUUCUGAAUACAGUAAGUAUUUUCGACUAACGCUACUCGUCUAGAUAGACCAGACUGAUCCGGCCAGUCUGAUGAGUAUGACUACCUGCUGGAUUGAAUGCCAUGUGAAAAUACUGCAAUUGCAUACAUAUUGAUGAAUGCUAGUAUAGAAUGCCAGUCUCCAUCCACGGGGAAGGUAUCUUAAUCUUAUCCUGACAUAGCCAGGAGAGGAAACAAUGAAAACAAAACAACCAGAAAAGCCUCCCUCCCUCCUUCUUUGUGUUGCUUUGGAUGCUUUUUUUGGUCCCUUUCCCUCCUUCAAAAGGAUAAGAGAACAAUUGAAUGCCUUCCUGCACUACAUACACUGAGCAUCAUAUCAUCCCCCUCAACUGCAGCCCUCUCAGACUUGUCCAUGGCUGUCCUUCCCAUGUUUCCUUGUUGUUUGUAUCGACUCACGACGUCCCAAGUCGUUCUUCACUAAGUACUUAACUCGAAAAGCUUCCUGCUAGCGUGAAAACGAAAUGAUCUGUGUGCCGAAAUAGUUACAUACGACGACGUGAAUGUAUAACCUCUCUGACACCAAAUUUGUUCCAUGUAACCCGCGCUAAACGAACAGUGUCGCGAUCUCUUGUUCCCUCAACAGCUGUUGUUACACAUUCAUUCCUCCCCAUAUUGUAAUGCUACUAGCUUGUGCGUAUAUGUACAUGUGCUGAGAACCAGAAAAGCAGAUCAUCAGGUUUCCUACAUAGACAUGAACCGAAUCCAAAUACCCAAAAGCUAGCUAGAUAGAUUCAACCAAAAGUGACAAACCAACCAGGAAAACCACCAUCUCCAUGUUUCCAUGUCCAGACAGACAAGCCCCUUUGAGUCAUCACUGUACAUGUCGAAAAAAUUGCAUAUAUAUCCACCCAGCUGCCCAUCGUUCCUUGCCUUCCACUCACUCAAAUACAGUUCAGUAAAACAAACCACACCCACCGAGGAGUAUCGUUUCUCCGCAACUCAACGAGGAGAGUCAUUUUGCCUGACGUACGCUACCGUGAACCAUAUCUUAUGGUAUCGAACUUUCGUAUAACAUUGUUGAACUCUUUGAUAGGAUUGAUGAAUGAUACAUAUUAGGGCACCAAUCCAUUCUCUUCUUUUUUGUUUUUGUUUUGUUUGUUUGUUAAAUACACUGUAUUAUUCACC